ACGCGAAACAGAAGUAAUCUGUUUUUGGCCAAAUUUGUUAUGUGAAAUGAAAUGCAUAGCAGAAGUUAACGAAAAUUCUAACGAUCGAUAUGAAUCAUAUUGCUCUCGAAUCUGAUGUUUCUGAGAGAUGAGAGGCGAAAUUAUGAGCAAAGCUUCGACAAACAAGAUGAGAAAACGGAGAGAAUUUUGUUCGCUGUUGAAGCAUUUUUGGGGUGGAAUGGAAAUGGGUGUAAUUUUGCUCGAAUUUUUACUCCCAUUUGCAAUGUUCUUGUUAUUCGAUAAGUUUACACAAGGAAACGACUAUGGGAUAUUUUCCAUUUUCGGAUUGCCAAUUUUGUCGAGGGAUUUUUUACAUUAUUCUGCAGAAGGCUGGGUUGUACAUAAGUUUGCUCUUUAAACCCUAUAUUGGAUCAAGCGUCAAAGUUAUGCAGCUCAUUGCAAAUGCGGAGAUAGAAGAGUCACCGGCUUUUAUUCCUUUGCAUCCCGUUGAAGAAAAAGAAAGUGAAGAGGUCAAGUACAUAGGCUUAGAUCUAUCUGAAAUGGAACAAGUUCAAGAGGCAGUUAGUUGUCUGCCUACAUGGUCACAGAGAGAAGUAAAUUCUUUGAACCCCUCAUUUCACCGCUGGACAAUAAUGGACUAUUCAAGGGCAUAUCAUUCAAAAACAAUAACUCCUCUAACUGUUGCAGAGAGAUUCAUCGCAGCUGUGAGCGAAUCAUCCAAACCUCCAUUGAACAUGUCGUUCUUCAUUAAUUAUAAUGUUGAAGAUAUUCUAAAGCAAGCAGCCGAAUCAACUUAUCGUUAUGAAAACGGAGAACCCCUUUCAGUUCUAGAUGGAGUUCCAAUUGCUAUCAAGGAUGAAAUAGAUUGUUUACCAUAUCCUACUACAGGAGGGACAAGUUGGCUGCACAAACUAAGGUCCUGUACAGGUGAUGCAAGCUGUGUAAAAUGUCUCCGGUUAUGUGGUGCCCUAAUUGUAGGGAAAACCAAUAUGCAUGAACUUGGUAUUGGAACAAGUGGAAUAAACCCUCAUCACGGAUCAACAAGAAAUCCAUAUAAUACAAACAGGAUAUGUGGAGGUUCUUCUAGUGGAUCUGCUGCAGUCGUUGCUGCAGGAUUAUGUCCGGCUGCUCUAGGUGUUGAUGGAGGAGGAUCUGUGAGAAUCCCUGCAUCACUUUGUGGAGUUGUUGGUUUUAAGCCAACAUUUGGCCGUGUUCCUCAUUCUGGUGUUCUUCCUCUGAAUUGGACUGUUGGGAUGGUAGGGAUAAUAGCAGGCACAAUUGAGGAUGCAUUUAUUGUUUAUGCAGCUAUAGGCAGCAAACUUCCUUCGCAUCAGAAUACUAUACUGCCACCAAAACUUUGUUUUCCUUUGCUGAACUCAUCAAGCCCAAUAUCGUCGAUCACAUUGGCAAAGUAUGGCGAGUGGUUUAACGACUGUAGUGAUGAUAUCAAAGUUUGCUGUUCCAUUGCCUUGGACAAACUUCAAAAACAUCAUGGUUGGAAGACUGUAGAGGUGACUAUCCCAGAGAUAGAAGUCAUGCGGUUAGCACACUAUUCAACAAUUGCAUCCGAGUGCAGCACUUCGUUGAGUUCUUACCUUGAGAAGUUGGAUUCCGCACAACUAGGAUGGGAUGCAAGAGUAGCACUUGCAGUUUACGGUUCUUUCACUAGCAAGGAGUACAUAAAAGCCCAGAAGAUCAGGAAUCGUCAGAUGUACUUUCAUCAGAAAAUAUUUAUGCAUGCUGAUGUCAUCGUUUCACCGACAACAGGUGUAACUGCUUACCCUAUCUUGAAUGAUGCUCUCAAGACCGGAGAACUUGACUACAUUAACGGAGCUGCACUUGUUAGGUAUUCAAUAGCUGGGAACUUUCUAGGACUACCUGCUGUAACUGUGCCAGUUGGAUAUGAUAAAACAGGUUUGCCAAUAGGCCUCCAGUUCAUUGGCAGGCCUUGGUCUGAAGCAACCCUCAUUCAUAUAGCAUGUGCAAUGCAGGCUCUCUGUAUUGCUGAUUACAAAAGGCCAGAAGUUUUUCAUGAUCUUCUCAGCCAAAAAUAACUCUCUUCAGGUUCAGGAACCUCCAAAGUUUUUUAUUCAUGGUGUGUGUCUGCUUUAAUUUUCAUUGGUCAUUACAGUAAAUUUGUUGAAUAAAGAGUUCUAAAGGAGUUGGUUUGCCAUAUUUUAAUCCAGCCUUGUUCUGUAUUUAAUUGCUGAAGAGAUUGGACUUCUACACUAAUAUCUCAUCUUUGUUGUUGUUUCGUUAAUUUAAAUGUGUUUCAUGUUUAUUUC